CUCGAAGAAAACGAUUAUCUAGUUCACUAAAUGGAAUUUUAUAUAAACUAAUCAACAUAUUUAUACGUUUUUACAAAGCGUUUCACCUCAGGAGGAUACAACUACUUUGAAUAGCGAAAUAUUUGCAAACAUAGUUGCACGGAGAUGAAGCUGGAGCUUUCCCGCGUGAUACAAGGAGGAGCUCGUUUGGGUGUUCUGCAGGGGAUCGGGAGGACUGGGCAGCUCUCCCUUAAGGUCCCGGGGUGUUUGCUGUACACACACUUUGGCACCGUCCCACAUCUCACCCAGGACACGCUACAAACGAUCAGCAUCCUCCCCUCUGUCACCCAGGUCACUCUGUCUAACAUAGCGGAGCACCAAGAGGUGCUGGAAGAGUUUAAGGAUGGAUUCAAGAAGUUUGCAGGGCUCCACGAUACAGUACUUUACUGCUCACUGCAUGACCCUGCAACACGCAGCCCGACAGGUUAUGCGACCAACAAGACCGUGUCUGUGUGGGGCAGUGGUGGGCGGAUAGAGCUGACAGCAUCUAAGUUCAUGGCUCUCCUGAAGACGGUGAAGCCCGACUGGUAUCAGAGCAUGGCAGACGGAGAGACCUGGCCGGCCAACACGUCUCGAAAAAGGAUCCGGAAGUCUGUGGAUCGAACUCUGGCUUACUUGGAUGAAUGCCUGUUGGUGCACCAGAAAUCCCAGGGCCUGGACGGAGUUGAGCUGUUUGGGGUGGUGGAGGGAGGAGACGUCAUGGAAGAAAGAGUACGCUCAGCUAGGGAGACGGCUAAGAGGCCUGUGGCAGGAUUCUGCCUGGAUGGGCUCCAAACUGGCUCUGUGGACCAGGCUCUGAGGACCCAGCUCAUCACUUCUAUGACCAAGGAGCUGCCUGAGGACAAACCAAGGCUGCUGCAGGGCGUGGGGCGACCUGAUGAAGUGCUGGCAUGCGUGGAGGCAGGCGUGGACUUGUUUGAGGGUUUCUUCCCAUUCCAGGUGACGGAGCGAGGAUGCGCUCUCUGCUUCAAUUACGACGUCUCGCCGGACCCAGAGCGCGCAGGUAGAGCGCCCCAGACAGUGUUGGAGCUGAAUGAAGAAGAGCGCUCAGCGGGGGGCGACACGCAACCAAAAGGCGAUCUCAACUGUGAGGAUCAAACGCAGAUGACGAGCUUUGAAAUGAAUCUGAAAGACAAAAGGUAUGGGGAUGAUUUCAAACCCCUGGUGGAGGGGUGUGGCUGCUACUGCUGCAGGAACCACCAGAGGGCGUAUCUGCACCACCUGCUGGUGACCAAUGAGCUGCUGGCUGGAGUGCUGCUGAUGAUCCACAACAUUACCCACUAUCAGAAUUUCUUCGGUGCCGUGAGAGAAGCUUUAGCCGCCGAUAAAAUGGAUCUCCUGAAGAGACGGGUGCUUGGAGAAAGCAGGAACAGUGACUGAAAUGUUUUAUUGUCUGGAGGAUAAACGCUUUGCAAACUCCAAAAAUCAGUUAUUACAAAUGAAAAAUGUGAAAUCGGUGGUUUUAUUUUAUCGUCAUAAAUAAACGUUUUUUUGCUUCA